CGUUCCCAGGCCAGCCGAGAGACAUAUUUCCAUUUUUUUGUUUUCCAAUAAUACUCCAAAGGUUACCAUAUCUCUCAAAAUAAAUUCAGGAAGUGCAAUUUUUGAUUUGAUCCACUUUUCUAAACAAUUCCAAAAUAUUUUGGUGUGAUUGCAGUCAUAGAAGACGUGGUCUAUUGUUUCAACAUCACUUUCACAAAAUGAGCAUUUAUUGUCAUCAAUAUUAAAGCAAAUUCUUAGUAGCUCUUUUGAGGGGUAAAUUGCAUUUACAAUUUUAAAAUGCGUUUCUUUAGCUUUUGGUUGAAUGGGGAGUUUUAAAUAAAGAGUUCUCAACCUUUCAAUUGUUAUUUUAUCAAAYUUGCAAAGAAUGUUAUUUUUAUUUAUUUUCCCAGGGGCUGAUACGUCAUUGUGCUACUAAACACAUAACGCUGAGUGGAGUGGUGGACCGCUCCAAGAUGGCCGCCCUAAAUCUCGUCAGCGACAACAGGCGAUUUCCGCUAAAGAGCACACGUGUUUCCGCUUGGCAACAGCGCUCCUUCCGCCUACCGACAGAUCUGUUGAUGCUCUUUAUCCCAAAGGAUUUUCGUUUAACCUGAUUUUUUUCUUGAAAUUGAACGUAGCAUGAACGCGGGAUUAAAAAGCGCCCCUGUUCUGUGCAGAUUGUGGUGACAGACAGGCGCAGAUCCGGACAAUGCUGCGUCUGUUCGGAACAUUUCUGUCGAACUUUCAACGCCUUAGAAGAUCUGAGGCUAAAAGCUAGCUGGAAUAAGCUGUUCCCGUCCAAGAGGCACCGUUGGUGGGAGAAGUAACGAGAUGUUGGUAAAAAGUCACUGGUCAUGUCACGGUCCCUGCAGCGAGCUGAGAUUCUGUUCAGAAGYACUUUUAAUCCCAGUUUUCCCAGUUUGAAGUGUCUGUUCCAUGUUCCGAGUCAAGAUGAAGAGGAGGAAAACCUCGUUGUGGCUCACAACCUUGUGUCGCGCUCCUCUGCACGUCUGCAGCGAAUGCAGCAGCAUCUUCUGACAGUGGUGUUGCAGGACCCACCGGUGGGAGGGGGCCAGAUGGGAUCCCUACCAGGGCAGUACAGAGCUCUGUGGAGGCUCUUUGAGCAGCGAUCUCUGCUGCUCUUCAUACAUGAAUACAUCAGAAGGCUUCAUCUGUCAACAGCUUUCAUAUCCAGACUGAAACACUUGUUGCAGCAUCAGCUCAUGGAAAUUCACUUAAUGCAAACUAAGGUCCUGCCCGGCUCACCUUCAUCCAGAAUCAGCCUUGUCUCUCUAAGUCAGGAGUUUCGACUUCAUCUGAACCACAGGAGUUUCUUCACCAGCCGAGUCCAUUCUGACCACUAUCUGAGACGGGCACUAGUUUCACACACCAAAAUGCUGGAGGAGAUGAAACGGACUCUAAACYUACUUGGUCUACAACUUUUGUUCCUAAUGGAGCAAUGUGUAUAUGGUAUUCUGUCUGUGAUUGGGAAGACUGAAUUGGACUUGGUACCCAGAGAUGUUCUGGAGGACAUUUUAUCAGGAACAGACCUGUACAGUCAGGCUGUGGAGGAGCAUAAAGUCCAGCUGAGGAUGUUGGUUUUGCAGGAGGCACAUAAAUUCAUAUUCUUUAGCAGUCUUCCAAAGAUUAUAAGACAUCGUGCUUCUGCUGUGUCAGUCAGAGGUCUGAUGAGUGUCUUGGCUGUCCAUCGGGCAGAAAUGAUUGCCAGACUACUGGACCUCUGGAUUUCUGAGGAGAGCUGUCAUGUUUGCAAGGUUCAUUGCACUCACCAAAUAUUCUSUGAUAACUUCAGGAGUCCAGAGUCUGAAUGCAGCUGUAGCUUUCCCAAGUGGACCUGGGAACAGMUGUGGCAGACAUAUCUGAAUUCCUCUCCUCUUCUCGUUAGUAUUCAGCCUUCUGUGCAGAUGUUGUCACAGCAAAUAUCUGAUAAAUGCUCCCCUAUUUACAGCCCUAAUCGCUCCUUGCAGAGUUCUGCUUUAGAAAUUCAACUCCCUGUUUUGGUGAAACUGUCUUCUUUCCAAAAUAAAGAAGAAAGCUCAAGAAAAACCAGAACCAGCCAGAGCCAAACAUGCAUAACUCAUUCUGGACUCACUCAGUUCAGUGCAGAGGCAGCUCAGUCUAACCUGGAAGGUUUAGAAAAUUGUGACUGUCCUUCACCCUCUGUAGCCACCUCCCAUCAUGCCUCAGCCCUGCCUCCUCCUCAGKUGGACCAGUCUUCUGUAGAUCCACUGCUUCAGGUCCUCAUGACCUCCACUGACCUGCUGGCUCCACUGGCACUUCAAAGGCCAACAUCAGAAGAAGCAGCUGCUCAGCUCAUCUCGGUCUCAGCUCCUGGUGUGGCCGCUAGGAAGGCUGGAUCAGUCGGUGUUACUGCAGCAGCUCAGUUGGAGAUGUUCAGACAGCAGAGCGUCAUUGGGACCAACACACAGGACUGGACCCGGGUCAAAACCACAUCGGGAGCAGAUGCUCCAGAAAGUUCUGGUGAUCUGAAGGAUGAGGACUUGAGGAGAAGAGGCAGAGAUGGAACAAGGUUAAGCACUGUGGAGCCAGAGUGUGUYGGUGGGCCUCACUCUGUGCAGUGGAUGGACAUGGGUCGAUCAGUUCUCCUUGCUGAUCUGCUCCAACACUAUCAGUCUCAGCUGUUGGUCUUCUGCUCUAAUGCUCUGCGGCUUAAACUCCACACAGCAGCAGCAGGAAACUCUUCAGGCAGCAUUAACCUUCAAGAUGAUCGCAGGAGCUUUCAGACCCUGCACAAUGUUACUCAUGCUUUAGAAACAGGUCUGUUUCCAAAGGCAUUCCGAACCAUACUGGAGCACUUCAGGCUGUAUUUGUUUGUCCAGUCAGCACACGCCCACUGGGACUCUGUGGCAUGCAGAGGUUUGGGUUCAGCCCUGAAGGAUAAAUGUGUCAGAAAUGAGAGCAGCAGCUCUGCAGCAGCAACUUCAAACGAAGAGGGAAGUGUCCUGAUAUCACAGACAAUGGCACACUUCCUCCAGCUCCUCCCUCCACUGCUGUCAUCUCUGUGUUGUUGCCAGUCCAACAGCUCAAUGUGUGAAUUUUUUGGCCUUCUCCUGCCCAGCUGUGUACUGCAGAGAUGGACUGUUGGUUUGCUGCUAGCUUCGAUCCAAAUCUCUACAGUCUGGAUCAUGUCCAAAGCACACCAGUUCCUUUCUUCGUGGAGUCCUAAUAAGUUCCUUCUCGUCACCCAGGGAGAUCUCAGAAUGUUGAUGGAGAGCYUGGAUAAGACAAUUGGUCAGACGAAGUCCCUACUCCUGAGUUCAGAUUGUGACCAUCGUCCCACUCUGCAGAGCCACAGUCAGCAUCUACAGAGGCACCAACUGGAAGCUCUUGAUCGGGCUGCAUGUGARCUGCAGGUGAGUCUGUGUAGGACAGUUUGWUUCAUUGGUGAUGCUUGGUCCAGUGUUAUUGCCGUCUUUCCUUUGUUCAUGUGUGAACAUCUGUUUUUUUUCUAAAAUGUUCCUUUCAUAGCUGAUUAUUGGACCAUUUUCUCACUUUUGUGGCUGUGUCCAGUACAUGCUGAGAUUGAAAGUAAUCUGACAUGCUUUAUCUUUGAACUUAUAAAUAAAAUUAUUUUUUUCAUGUUCACACAUCAGCAUUUUAUAUAAUUUUGACUCCCACUGAAUGCAUACUUGUUUCAAAUGACAGUGGUCCCUAAAAUGCUUUCAAUUCGAGUUGAGCUGGACCUGUGGUUCCUAAACUGGGUCAAAAUACUAAACAAGUGUUAGCCUUAGUAGGUUGCCUCAACCAAAAAAGAAAGGACUGGUCCCACCCAGCAGAACAUUGUAGUAUUUCAUUUUAAAUGUCUAAGGUAUGUAAACAGACAUAGACUGGGUUUUAACCAAGCACAAACCUACCUCCCUAUUARGGUAUUAACCCAAAAACUASAAAACAAUAGGAAUAAGCUGGAUAACAAUAUUUUGAUGUUCUCAAAGAAGACAUGGCAAGAGGUACACAAGAAAUAGAAUAUCUUCCCAUAGUGCCAAAGAUAUAAGAAUAAUUGUUGAUCUAUAUCAGUGGUCCCCAAACUACAGCCCUCCUCCACAUUUGGUCCGGCCCCCUGAACAAUACCAGAGAGCAUUCAG